AUGAGCCGGGAAUACAUAUUUAUGAGUGACAGUACAAUCGAUACCUAUGGUUACUUUUACAAUAAUUCAUUUGACCCAUCUCGUCCUUCUCAAAAUUUGAUCACAUCUAACGAUGAUGGUGGUACUAAUCGACGAUUUCAACUUUAUACUACUUUACAAUCUCAAUAUACAUAUAUAUUAGUCGUAACUACAACUAAUAGAGAUAUUCGAGGAAGCUUUCAAAUUAUAGCAAGUGAUCAUCAAUUAUGUGGUAGUUGUGAGACACCCUAUUCACCUGAUGAUAAAUCAUCAACAAAAGCAAUCGUUGCAAUUGUUGUUCCAAUUUGUAGCGUAUGUGUUCGAAUUGUUAUCUGUUGUUGUAUAUGUCGAUGCAGACGAAAGAAUAUGUCUCAUCAACAGUUAACAUCAUUGGAACAUAAUCAAAUUAUUCGAAGACGACGAUCUUCUCUAGGAAAUAUUCAAAUAACUGCAACAAUAACAAAUGCAAUUGAUGUGCCUUUUACAGUUCCAUUAGCAAGAGUAUUUGAAUCUUUAGAAGAAGAACAACCACCACCGCCACCAUACACAUCAGUUAUACCAUAUAGCAGAGCAUAA